AUGGCGCCUAUCCGUAGCUAUGGACGGCGAUGGGUCGUAGCAUUAUUUGGUUUCUACGCCGUUGGCUAUAAUGGGUUGGCUGGGGCCUCUCCUAUGACAGAUGAGCAACCGGGUAAUGUAGAGACACCGGCCAAAGGCAUUGCAUUCUACGCCGAUAAUGCAGAAUUUUACCGCAGAGUCAAACGCCUUGAAACACUUUCCCGGCCUCAAAACCAACUUUGGAGCCAGUUAAUGUCUGUGUUAUUGAAUCUACGUCAAUCUACCAUUUCACCUAAAAUUAAAGAAGCGAUAGCAGAAGAGUGUCGUCAACUCAUACGUGAUAUCGAGGACAUUACCAGUUUGCAUGACCGUUACACCGAAUUAAGAGAGAUUAUUAAUGAAUACAGUGCAGUAACUAGGUGCAAGAAAAGAAAAAGCCUAACACGGGAGAGGUAUGCCGAACUGCAGAACGCUUUGACGAACCUAGAAGAACAAUUCAAAGACAUUGAACAGGUGGCAUCAGAAAUCUUGAGAUUCGACAAUGCGGCGCACUUUAGAGCAGUGGUCAGACAAGCGAGCAUAUUCAUUCGACAACACACGGGUCAAGGAUCUACGCAGUCUGACGAUGAAGGGUCAUCUGGGUUAGGCGGCGACAAACAAGCAACACUCGAGUCAGAUACGGUGAACAGUAUAGGUGUGCGUCCAAACGAUCUGCAUCGAAAUGACCCUAGAUCUGACGAAGGUAAUGAAACGAUGCGAGAAUUACUCAAUGAUCGCUCUCUAUUCAAAACGUUGGGUUACGUUAAUGAAAUUGCGAAAAAAAUAGAUGCAAUACUGAAGGGCCCUUUGGUGGAUAAUUUCAAGUUACACGCAGCAGGUAGUGUGUUCAAUCGAUACAAUGCCGUGAUUCUUGAUGUCCAACGCGAUUACGACAUGCGUUAUGACGAAAUAAGAGAUCUCACAAAUGCGUGGAAUAUUUACAAGCGUUACGCAUAUAUCAAUGAUAUGUUGCAAGAGAUGGAUCCGCAAUCCACAAAAGCAUCCCGGUUAAUAGACGAGCAACGGCAGCUCGAGGUCGCCUUCGAGGAGUACGGAACUAUUGUUGACGUUGCAUCUAUCCUAAGGAUAGAUUGGGACGCCUGGAGUAUACUAAGGAUUCUGAGAUUUCUUGAAGCCGAAAUGGGACAAACACAAGCUAACCAUACUGUAAGCAUACCCCAACCGGAGCACAACGAGGUGAACGAAACCGCAACAGAAACUGCCAUGCCCAAUGACUCUAAUACCACACCAAAUACAACCGAGCCAAAAGAACCAACGCAAAAACCAGAACCAAAGACUACUAAGGAGAGUACACCAGAACCAAGCGAGCGUCACGUAACAGCUGAAGGGGAAGCUGGGGGUGCAUCGGGCGGGCCACAAGAAACAGGUAACCUUCCCAACACGAUGCGUAAAACGAAGCGUGAUAGUGAUAAAUCGGGGAUUGUUGCAAUGGGGACUAUGGUUAUUCAAAUCAUGGUAGCAACAAAUAUAAUGGUGGCUCUAUGA